ACCACCACCACCACCACCAUCAGCAGGAGGCGCAGAGCCUGCUGCUCCGGAACUAUUCUCAUCUGUCUUGCCGAUCAGUCUGGCUAGCUCGGCUGCAGCUGGCCAGAACUGAAAGAUUUGUUCUUUUUUUAUACGUGGCAAAGAACUGCUUGUUCGAACUGUAAAUGUGUAAUCAUGGCACGUUUGGCUAUUUGUUGGGCUGGCUGCCUCUUGUUAGCACUUCUGUGCACGACAGGAUAUUGCCAAGCUGAAGUAGUGGAAAUCACGGACAGUAAUCUCCAAAUGCUCCACGAGGGCGAAUGGAUGAUCAAAUUUCAUGCACCAUGGUGCCCGGCAUGCCAGCAGUUUGCAGCACCGUGGAUAUCAUUGGCCAGAGAACUCAAGGAGACCCACCCCCACGUGCGAUUCGCCAAUGUGGACGUGACUGAACAGCCCAUUCUCAGCGGUCGGUUUUUAAUUCAGCAUCUCCCAACCUUGUAUCAUGUCAAGGAUAAUGCGUUCAGGAAGUAUGAUGGCAAGAGAUCGGAGGAAGAUAUUGAGGUCUACAUCAAGGACGAACUCUGGAAGAAUUCUGAGCCUCUGCCAUGGUUCACUUCUCCAAUGGGACCAUCUGGCAUGAUCCUUGGGUAUGCAAUGGUCAGUGGCAACCACCUCCAGCAAUACUAUAACCACUUGACUGAAAAGCAACAGAUCCCACCGUGGCUGGUAAUUGCGUGUGGAGUAAUGACUGUCAUCACGUCUGGUGUUCUGCUUGGGCUGGUAUUGCUCUUCUGCAUCAACAUGUUCAACAGUGUGGUUAUGCCCGCACCACCAGUGCCAGUGCCACAGCAGGCAACCCAACCGGUAGGGCCGGACCCAACGUUUGGCUCUACUGGAGAGAAUGACGAGCCUGAUCGCAAGAAGGGUGUGAAAGCUUCCCCCAAGCCAUCUCCAAAGCCCUCUCCACAACCCUCUGCAGGAGUUGCCAAGGACAGCUCUCUGACAACAUCUCCCAAGCAGAGAAAGGGCAAGAAGCUGAAGGCGUCCACUGACUGAAGACGGAUCAAUUUGCCGAUGUGUGGCCCAGACUAUUGACUAAGAUUAGUCUUGACUUGUUCUCACUGCUUUCUGCUAGCACAACGUAUGCAUAAAUGUGCUGUCAGGCAAUGUGACAUCACACUCGCUGAGUGCAUUCUCUGUUUCUCCUUUUGCCUGCUGUAAAAAGUAAGCUUCUCUGCAGUCUUAUGACCCAUCUGUAUAUUGUUAGAAUCGGUGACCAUGUCAAUGACUUGUUUAGUCUUAGAGCAGUUCAGCGCUUCGUGUAAACAGCUGUUAUGAUUGAUCAUUAUCACCACGCAAGCAUACCCUGCAUUGAAGUCUUGUUUCCAUGCUGAGGUAGCUACAAUAUUUCAAGAACUGACCGCUAGCGCAUGCCAAUGUGCUUGUUAAGCUGUCUAGCUGCACUCCCUGGAGAAGCCCGAUUAUCAGUCAUGUUGCCGACAUGCGCUUAGGUUACUGCUGGUUCUGUGAGUGUGACUGAUGACAGUGAUGUGCCAUGUGAUACAGGCUAGGUGUGCACUUCCAGUUACGUUGUUUGUCUCGCUGUUUGUCUUUUGAAUGCUGGUCUGGUCUUUUUAUAAUAAUAUUUUAUUCGUAUUGGUGUUCAUGACCAGACGGCCAUUAUGUGCAACCAAGAGUACAUAACCUCCAA